GGCGACGCGUCUCCCGGUCGCGUGAUCGAUAGGAACGACGACGCGGCCGGGAGUCGUUCGCGAAGCGGCGGACCGCCGAGGGUAUCGAUCUCGCGUCUCUCGUGUGUGUAUUUACCGUUCGCGUUUCGGAGGAAAAUAACAGGGUGGAAGAGAAAAAAAAACGCCGAAGAUCUCAACACGUACCGCGGACGCGAUUAUUGACGGGUCGCGCGCGCUCGCGCGCGCGCGCGCGCCUCCAUCGCGUCGUCGUCGUCGUCGUCGCGUCGAGCCUAUCCCGCGGAGUUUACAUGCAGGAGAAUGCAGGGCUUUUGUUGUAGACGGACAGCAAGUUGGUCUUGUUCGUCCGGAUGUGAUGAAAGAGAUAUUAAAUCAUCCUCAAGUGUUUCAAGUUCAUCCUGAAUAUGUGCAAUUAAAUCCAGCUUUUCGAGAUUACACUGAAAGAAGUGCACGCGUGGAUGAGGUGUUGAGGGAAUGGAUGGCUGGUGGGAAAUUCGUAACGUUGCGAGGUUGGAGAGAGGAAUGCCACGAAGUGCGUGCACAGUUUAAUACGCUACCGUUAUUUAAGAUGGACCGCUCGGCUACAUGUUUAUUUGGAAUUCGGAAAUACGGAGUGGACAUAAAUGGCUAUGUAAUGGAUCCUGUUAAAGGUUUGUCAAUAUGGUUGCAAAAGCGUAGUCCUAACAAACAGACAUGGCCAGCGUACUGGGAUAGUAUGGUAAGCGGUGGAUUGAGUGUUGGUUAUGGUAUAAAUGAGACCGCGAUAAAAGAGGCUGGCGAAGAAGCUGGCAUUCCAAAUCAUCUUAUCGCUAAGCUUAAGAGCGCCGGUUGCGUGUCGUUUUUCUUUGAAAGUGAGAGAGGCCUCUUUCCCAACACGGAAUUUGUAUAUGAUCUUGAACUGCCGCCCGACUUUGUACCGAACAAUAGUGAUGGAGAAGUUGAGACCUUCGAAUUACUCCCUGUUAGUGAAUGCUUAGAGAGGAUACUUUCCCCACAUUUCAAAACCACUUCUGUACCAGUUGCCCUUGACUUCUUAAUUAGACAUGGAUACAUUACAGCAGAGAAUGAGCCUAACUUUAUACAGAUUGUGGAGUUACUUCAUGUACCUCUGCAAACUAUGUACAAUCAUCGACAUAAAGUUAGUAAUAGAAUGGCUAAUGGCGAAGCGAUCGAAACAUUAGAAAAAGUUUAAGAUUUUGUUUUAGGCUUUUAAUUUAUACUGUGCUAAUGGCUAUGAAUUGAAUGAAAUGAAUGAGGUUCCUUUUCUAUGUUUCUUCAUUAGACAAGUAUUGAAAACUCUCGUGUUAUACACAAUUGUACACAUGUAAGACGUAAAGAGCUUUUUAUAAUUUAUAAAAAUCAUAAUUUAUAAAGAGAACUAUGAAUUUUUAGAUAAAACACAUAUUUCCAUUAUUGUCAGUUGGCCAUAUUUCUGCAUUUAUUUUAAUAUUAUUUUGCAUAUCUUAUAUUAACAACGAAAAAAGAGAAACUCAAUACGCUUUAUUAACUGCAUCAAUAUUAACAUAUUUAUGACAAUUUUAUAACACGUUUUUUCUUCAUCUAUAAAAGUUUGUAUUUAUAGAAAAAGAAAUUACAGGUUUUUUUUACAAAUCUUUUGUAUGACAUAGUAAAGUAAAUUAACUAGUAACAUCAUUUGACUCGUCAAAAUUUUACAGAAAAUUUCUUCCAUCUAUAUUGUUCUUUUUAUAAUGAGAUGAAUUUUACGCUAUAAUUUUUCAGCUUAAUCUGCCAUUAUUUAGCACAAUGAAAUCAUACAUCAAUUAUAUUAAUAUCGUGCUUGUCAACUGAACAGAUGCAUCAUAAUAAAAACAAAUGACGUUAAAUAAAAUUGACUUGUAAUAUACAUUAAAGUCGAAACAAAAGUAUUAUGGACGCAGCAUUCCAGAGAAUAAGUUUAUCGAUAAGAUUGCGUUUAAGGACUGAAAAGAGAGUAAAAGAUUUUUUUUUAUAAUUAUAAUUAAUACAUUCAUAUACAUAUAUAUAUACUUGAAUAUAUAUAUAUAUAUAUAUAUAUAUAUAUACUUGAAGCACAGUUUGAAAUUAUCAAUGCGAGACAGUCAAAUACUAAUAUCACAUUUGCGAUAUUAUAAGAAUGACUAUACCUACGUAUACUUUUUUUAAUACGUCAAAAAAUUUACAGUCUGAUCAUGUGCUGACUUUGUGUUCAAUUUAUUAACUUAAUCAUUUAAAAUCUUUCUUUAUUUUUAAUUUUUAAAGGAAGAUUAGAAGCAUUUAUUUAUCUUAUCUAUAAUCUUAUAAUGUUUUACAAAUUUAAUUAAAUGUUAACUACUUCCACAUAUGAAAGUUUAAAUACUAUUUGUAUUAUUGACACGUCAGUGACUGUACAAGUGAGAAGCACAAAAGCUUAAUAAUUAUGGUAUUACAUUUUUAUUCUUAAUGAACAAUAUUUUUUAAUGGAUUAUAUUUUUAUUUUAAAUAAGAUAAUAUAAAUAAUUACAUUGUAUUACGUUUUGAUUGAUAUUUGAAGAUAAAUAGAUAAUAUUCCUAUAUUAUUACAUAUGAGGAUAUAAUAUUUUAGCUGUACAUAGUAUUUAUUUAUGAUUUUCAACCCUGCUUUUACAAUGGCAGUUUAUCGAGUUGUAUAUUGCAUUAAUGCGUACUAUAUUAUCGCUUUAUAUUGAUGAAUUGCGAAGAUCAUUAUUAACUAUUUGUUAUUAACACCAUUCAUGUGAUAUUUUACAUCGUGUUUUUAAAAAUUGUUAUAUAUAUAUCUCACAAAAAAGAGCAUACAUACUUAUUCAUAUAAUUAAUCUGUUAAUAUUCGUGUUAAAUUCAUUAUUACAAAAAUCACAUUACAUAUUAUAAGUGUGAAAUCCAAUAUCAUGUAUUUGUUAUAAAAAUAUCAGUUAUGAUAAAAUAUAUAUUAAUCUCAUAAAUAAAUUAUCGUAUUUCUGCACAAGAAGUGUGCAAACAUCUGCAUCAUGCCAAAAACUGAAGGUUACAAAUAUCUAGUUCAGGAAAUAUCGGUUUCGGACAUUUAAAAUAAUUUUUUGUAAAUAUUUAUAAAGUAUUCUGUAGAAUAAUUAAAAUAGUAUAAUUGAAUCUUUUCAAGUAUAAUUUUUCGUAAUUUUUCUUACAUAUAUGCCGAUGAAUUGACAUUGCGAUAAUUAUAGAAUUGCUAGUUUAACAAGUUUUUGCAGUCAAGUCUUAUAAGAACUAACCGAACUAUGUAGUAGAUUUCAUAAGUUUAAUACUUUUGUAAUGAGAGACGAUAAUGUAACAAUAUACUAAUCACGCUCAUCUUUAUCACUCUUUUCUCUCUCUCUCUCUCUCUCUCUCUCUCUCUCUCUCUCUCUCUCUCUCUCUCUCUCUCUCUCUCUCUCUCUCUCUCUCUCUCUUUCUCUCUCUCUCUCUCUCUCUCUCUUUCUCUCUCUCUCUCUCUCUUUCUCUCUCUCUCAUAACAUUAAUCUGGUCAUCAGAAACAAUGUUUGUGAUACAUUUACCUUAAGUGAUAUUUUGUUUCCUACUAUGAUUCAGUUUUGUGAUAGAGAUGAAUAGGACUGGUUAUAUGUGUUUAUUGCAUGAAAAUAAAAUAGUAUUACAUUACAUGGCCGUACAUACUAUUACUUAACUCUGAUGCAGUAAUAAGGAAUUGCGCAUUUAAGACGGAAGGUGUUUGUACUCUGAUUAAUAAUGAAACUGAUUUAACUACAGACUUAUAUAAAAAAAAACUUAAAGAUUUAUGUUGUUUUGCAAACAUGGAUUACUAUUGUAACCAUGUUGAGUGAUUGUUGUAUGCGAUCAAAUACUAAUUAGCUUAUGCAUUCUUAGCUUGUAUACUCUUCGUUGCAGCCUAAGUAUGUAUUGACUGUAAGAGCACCAAAAAACUUGUGAACCGCUUUUUUGCUAAUUAAUGUAUUUAAAUUAAUGAGCACGCAACAUGGUUCGCGACUUGAUCAAAUGUUCCACCGUUUGAAUCGGAUAAAAAAACAAAGCUUCUUUACAAUAAGCAAAACAGUAGGUUCUGAAAAAUCUUCCAAAAUAAUAUAUUUUAAACAUCUUUGUCAAUUUUUGAUACUUGAUCUUGAUUAUUUUUAACUCCAAAGAAUAAAAUAAUAUAAGACAUUAAUAAUUAACAUUUUUUAAAGUAUAUAAUUUCAUGUAUAUUUUUUAAAAGUAUACAUAAAUUCCUUACAUAGCCACCUGAGAAAA